AUGGUUCUCCAGACUAAAGUCCUGCAGCUUACCUGCGCGUCCGCCCGGCCAGGUACCCGGAUUUCUGGAGGAGCUCCACUGGCCCCCGGUGAGCUGCCCUACCUCGUCUCCGUGCAGCUCAACAGCUCCAACGUCUGGUACCACCUGUGUGGCGGCGCCCUCAUCAGUGAGACCACGGUCGUCACUGCAGCUCACUGCAUCUCUGGCUCGGCAGCAGACUACCGUAUCGUGCUGGGAGAAUACAGCCUUAGUCAAGACGACGGGACCGAGGAGUACUCUUCUGUGGCCAGCUACGUCAGACAUCCUGAUUACAAUGGCAACGCUGCUGGCUUCCCCAACGACAUCACCAUUGUUACUUUGGCAAACAACGUCAACACCAACAACAGCGCAAUCGGCACCAUACCCCUCGCUGACGCCGGUGCUGACUUCACUGGUCAGGAUUGUACCAUCUCUGGUUGGGGUAGCUUAGCGGGAGAUCGGCAGGGGCCGAGGGAUGAGUUCAACACAACUGAGAAUUUGUCUCAACCGAGUUCGAGAUAUUGGGGUUCGACUGUACCACACAACGCUGUCUUUGCAGGGUCAGUGGCACUGCAGGAUACGCCGUCUAAUGCCACGUUUCCUGCCAUCUCCAACGCCGCCUGUACCAGCCUGUGGGCACCUGUCCCCGGCGUCGUCGUCCUCCCCAGCCACGUCUGCAUGGUUGGUACUGCUGGUCAAGCCGCUUGUCACUACGACAAUGGGGGGCCGAUGGUGUGUAACGGCGUCCUUGUCGGACUCAUCUCUUGGGGGGACAGCUCGUGCGAGGGGACGCUCCCUUCGGUCAUGGCCAGUAUUCCAUACUUUCGCAACUGGAUUGAUGCAAACUAGGCGAAGCUCGUCGCCUACAGCGGGUAUCUCAACAGCAAAUUAUUCCCGACAAAACAGAUUUAGUUUUUCUUUUGAUUAAAGAUAACUUUUAAACAUAAAUUCCUUCUGUGUGCGAUCCUUUAUGCUUAUUAAACACUCAACCCUUU